GAGAGACAUUAUACUCCUAUAAAGAAAAUUAAUUCUAGUGUAUACAACCUGCUAAUUCAAACUAUUACUAUAGAGGAACUUCUCUCUACAAUAAGGGAUGCUCUAAAACAUAAAGCAACUAGACCUCUAAUGAUUUCUAAUGAAAUGCUUCAACAUCUUCCUCCAUCA